ACAGGCCAUUGUUAAAAAGAAUGAGGGGGGACAAGGACUGUGUCAUACCCACCACCUAUUAUAUAAGAGUAUCAUAUCACAGCUGGAUAGUAGGUAGUGCAUCAUACCCUGCACAUAACAAGAAGAGGUUUGGACGUUUGAGGCUAUGGUGAUUGGGCAUUGGUGGGUUCUGGUUAUUGCCAGUGUGGGGAUCCUAGCGAAUGCAAAAGCUGCUUGUAAAGGAAAUUGGGCCAAGACAAGCGGGGGGUGUUAUUGGUUUUCAACCAACACUGCCACAUUUCAUGAAGCUUUUACCAGUUGUUUCGCUAAGAAGUCGACAUUACUUGAACUCAAAGGAAAAUGGCAGGAGAAAUGGAUCCGUUUUCAGAGUUUGUUACGGGGAUAUGAUGGCGUGUGGAUAGGCGCCACAGAUCUGCUACACGAAGGCACUUACGUUUAUCCUUCUAAUGGGUCCAAAAUACGUUAUAGCAAUUGGGAAGGCAGACAACCCGGAGGAGGGAAGAAAGAAAACUGUGCUGUUCUUGCUCUCAAGUCGGCUGGCUGGCAUGAUUAUCCGUGUAAACAUAAGUUUCAUUAUAUAUGCGUGAAGCAUUAAAGAAUGUUGCACUCUGUGACGUAAAAAUCGAUA